AUGGCGGCGCCACAGGUGUCGCAGCUUUACGACUCGGUGGUGGUGAGUGGACACGAUCAGAACGGGUCCAAGGAAUCAGUUGACGCUCUCAGUCACCGGAACCCACUUCCUUCACGUACCACACCGCCUUCAGCUGCUGUGGUCAUCGGAUCGCAUUCCUUAAUUCCCUCAGGCACAUUCCCCGGUCCCAUGGGAGUGGAAUCAGUUUCGGAUUCGGCGGUCAAUGGUGUCGGAGACCCGUUAAGUCACUCGCAAGGGACACAUACAUCCAGUGUGUACACCACACUGACAACUGCAAUUAGCGUUGAUCGUGUCCCGUCGCAAUCUGCGGAUCCGUGCAAUUCCACUAGCAACGAGGCAAAAUCGGAGGACGCUCUCGGGCGUCUAAAAUCAAACACUUUGCGCUUUCAUGCCCCAUUAGAUCCUUUGGCCGUGGGUCUUUUCGAUUCAUACUAUAACAUUGUUUGGUCAACACGUGGUUCGUUUAGCACGGGUAUCACUUAUCUGGCCUAUUUAAUUGCUAUCUUCCGUGAUCUAGAAUGA